GCGCGAAUUAGCCGUUACUUUCGAGCACGAGCUGGUGAGUGAAUGUUGGCUUCGUCUUCGUUUUGAAAUUUAAACUAAAGUUUAACGUUAUUCCAAAUUUGAGAUAGCUAACUUCAUUUAAACUUAAAUUUAAUUGAGUGUAUUCACUCACACUAACAUUAGUUGAAACGCUGAGUUCAUAUAAAAAAGGAAUUUACGCCUGAGGUCAUCCUGGUGGGUUUGAAUUAUUCCUUUGGAAAAAACGAAGGCCACACCGUCAAAUUGUGUAUUUGGACAUCACACAGAAACGAUUCAAAAUGUCUGGUCGGGCUCGUGCCAGAUCAAGAGGGAGAGCACGUGGUCAAGACACCGCAGUGCCUGGAGUGAGCAAAUCCCAGGAGCCAGUACCACCUCCUGCCCCUGCAGGGACCGAGUUGGUUGGUAGAGGCAGACAGAAAGGUGCUCCAGGAGCAUUUUCCACAGAUGCUCUUCUACAGAUUUCCGCUGGCUUUCAGCAGAUUAAACUUGGAGAACGAGGUGGACAUCGACGGGAUUUUAAUGAUUUUGGAGUUAACACCAGACAGUUGAUGGAGCAUGUUAAGGAGUCCAAGUGUGGAACAUCUGGAUCUCCCAUUCAGCUGACAGCAAACUUCUAUCGAAUCCUGUCCCGACCUCAGUGGGUUUUGUAUCAGUAUCAUGUGGAUUUUAAACCACCAAUGGAGUCCCGGCGUCUUCGAACUGCCCUUCUUUAUCGUCAUGCGGAAGUAAUUGGGGACGCUCGGACCUUUGAUGGAGCGUUGCUCAUUUUGCCCCGCAGACUGCAUUGCAAGGAAACGGUGCUGUACAGUGAAACCAAGAGUGGUGAGAAGGUCCUGAUAACUGUCACCCUGACAAAUGAACUGCCACCAACAUCACCAGUCUGUAUUCAGUUCUACAACAUCCUCUUCAAAAGGGUCUUGAGACUUCUGGAAAUGCAACAGAUCGGACGCAACUACUACAAUCCUAAGAAUCCACUCAACAUACCAGAACACAACCUAACGAUCUGGCCAGGCUACUCUACCACCAUCUUGCAGUAUGAGUCAUCCAUCAUGUUGUGCACGGACGUGAGUCACAAGGUGCUGCGUAGUGAGACUGUUUUGGACUUCAUGGUCAACCUGCGGCAGAAGUGUGGAAAUCAACGCUUCCCUGACGCCUGUGCCAAGGAGCUCAUUGGACUCAUUGUUCUCACAAAGUACAACAAUAAAACCUAUCGGAUUGAUGAUAUUGCUUGGGAUCACACCCCCAAAAACACCUUCACGAGGGGAGACGCGGACAUUUCAUUCAUGAACUACUACAAGACGCAAUAUGGUUUGGACAUCACUGAUGUAAACCAGGUCCUGCUGGUUAGCCAUGUGAAGAAGAGGACUGGUCCCGGUGGAGGCCCCCCUCUUGGGCCAGCAAUGCUCAUCCCCGAACUGUGCUACCUAACAGGUUUGACUGAUAAAAUGCGAAGUGACUUCACCAUCAUGAGGGACCUGAGCGAGAACACCAGACUGAGCCCUGAUAAGAGAAUAAGUCGUCUCAGUGGAUUUAUUGAAGACAUUUGUGGGAAUGCUGGUGUGCAAGAAGAGCUAAAAAAGUGGGGAAUCGGCUUCGAUAACCACCUCCUGAAUCUGUCUGCGAGAGUUCUGGCACCAGAGAGGAUUUUCCAAGGACCAAGAUCGUACGACUACAACCCUAUGUCAGGUGACUGGUCCAGAGAGAUGCGGGGAAUACCCAUCAUCAGCUCUCCACCACUGAAUAAUUGGAUCAUGUUUUCCACACGCCGCAACUCCAACGAAGCUCAGUCCCUCCUGCAGACCCUCGGCAAAGUCUCAGGUCCGCUUGGUUUGCGGUUGCAGAGAGCCGUCAUGAUUGAGUAUGAAGACCACCAGGAAUCUCUCCUCAGAGCUCUUAAACAGAACGUUGGGCCGACCACCCAGAUGGUGGUGGUGGUCCUCCCCAGUAACAGGAAAGACAAGUAUGACAGCGUCAAAAAGUACCUGUGUGUGGAUUGUCCCACUCCCAGCCAGUGUGUGUUGUCCCGCACACUCAGCCGACCGCAGGCGCUCAUGACUGUGGCAACGAAGAUUGCUCUGCAGAUGUCCUGCAAAAUGGGAGGCGAGCUCUGGAGUGUUGAAAUCCCGCUCAAACAGCUGAUGAUUGUGGGGAUUGACUGCUACCAUGACAUCUCUGCGGGGAAAAGAUCCAUUGGUGCGAUGGUGGCCAGCCUCAACCAAUCCAUGAGCAGAUGGUACUCCAAGUGUGUGCUGCAGCACAAGGGUCAAGAACUCAUGGACGGGCUAAAGAUGGCAUUUACUGGAGCAUUGAAAGACUACCUCAAAUUCAACAACUGUCUUCCAUCACGCAUCAUUGUGUAUCGAGAUGGUGUGGGGGACGGGCAGCUGCACAGUGUUGUCAACUUUGAGAUUUCACAAAUUUUGGAGUCCAUCAAGUCCCUGGGCCAAGACUACAAUCCAAAAGUGAGUGUGGUUGUGGUGAAAAAGCGGAUCAGCAGCAGGUUUUUUGCCAUGAUAAAUGACAAAGUGAGCAACCCUCCACCAGGAACAGUCAUCGAUACGGAGGUCACACGCCCAGAGUGGUACGAUUUCUUCAUCGUGAGCCAGGCUGUUAGGUGUGGAAGCGUCUCACCAACCCACUACAAUGUGGUGUACGACACCAGUGGACUCAAACCUGAUCACAUGCAGCGGCUCACAUACAAACUUUGCCACAUGUAUUACAACUGGCAGGGUUUGAUCCGUGUGCCUGCUCCAUGCCAGUACGCUCACAAGCUGGCCUUUCUGGUGGGACAGUCGAUUCACAGAGAGCCCAACAUAAAGCUGGACAACUACCUCUUCUACCUGUGAGCGGAGAACAGAGGAGCCUCAGAAAGCAGUUCAUGUUCAGAUCUGGCUGAUUUGCUGUUGCAAGGUUUUUGAUUUAAAAACAGUUCAAGAUUCAAAGUCUAAGUUAUUUCUGUUUCUCAUUGUUGAAGAAGACCUGAAUCUGUUUUAUGUACUAUAAAUCUGUAUAAAUAAACUCAGUGUUUGAGUCAGUAAAGGAACAAACGUUGCUCAUUUUUGGAAA